AUGGAGGAGCAUGAGUCAAUAUUAAACUCAUCUCCUCAGCAAAACGAUAUCAUUAUAGGGCGCAAAAAGAAAAAGCCGCAUAUAGGGAAUGAAAAUUUGCAAUUAAAACAGACAAACGGUGAACAUAAUUCUUCCAAAAAAAUUAAUGAUUCUCAAGGGAGAUUUCUCAAAAUAGGAUAUGUCAGAAGAUCAUAUAGAAGACCAGCACCAACAAAUAACUCAGAAGAUUUUGCUUCUGAGGAAAAUGCAGAUAAUGCUAGUAAUAAUAGUCGAAUUUUACCAAGUGAUACAAACGAUACGGCCAAUGAAGACAAACAAACACCACAAGAUCCAAAUGAAAAUGAAACAAAAGAAAAUCAAGAGGAUCAAGUUCAAAAUACAUCUCGUUUGCAGAACCAGAAUGAUGAUCCGAAACCUCCUAGUAGUGAAAAUGAGAAAUCAGAUAAAAAUUUGCCUAAUGAAGAAAAUAAAUUAUCCAAUGCCAAAAAUUCGCAAUCCUUAUCCUCUCAAAAACAACUUCCUAAUACUAAAGAAUCUGAGAAAUCAGUUAAAGCUGAUCAAACAGAAAAAUCAGAUAAUUAUGAAGAAGAUUAUGAUAGUAUCGAAAUUUCAGAAAGUACGUACUCAGAAACGAGUUUUAAUCCUAAUACUACCUCACAAUCAUCUGAAGAAGAAAAAACAAGCUAUGAAGAAGAGGAAGAUUCUGAAUAUAGCCAGUCUUCAUCGAGUUUAUCAACAGGAUAUCAGGAAGAAAAGAAGGAAUCAUCUCAUAAUAAAUCUGAGCCAGAAAAACCGGCUGAGGAACCAAAAUUAAAUUCUCCACCAGCAAAAGAUAUUGAAAACAUGGAAAUAAUGUCUCAUCAUGAUAAUACCGAAGAUGGACAAAAUGCUGAAGAAAAGAAAGAGGAAACUACUUCUACAAGUGAAGAUAUUUCAAUUGCUCAAACUUCUUCGAUUCAUUCUGACUCAGAUGAUAACAAAUAUGAUAUUCAUGAUUCCAGUGUUCCAAUUUCAAGGUACAACGUCAUGGAAUCUGAACCAUCAGAAGUAUUCAAACAAAGAACUGGCAAAAUAAGGUCGCUGAGAGCACAAAACCGUCGGAAAAAGAAAAAGUCCGGAUCUGCGAAGGACAAGGGCAAGGAUAAGCAUGACCAUCACCAUCAUAAGCAUCAUCACCAUACUAAGUCCAAAGAUCAAAACGGUGUUGAUGUCGGGAAUGCUACCCAUCACAAGAGUUCGAGAAGAAAUAAAAGUAAGGCAAAGACUGAUAAGCAUCAGCCUAAAAAAUCACAAAGUAAUUCAACGUGUUGUUUGUUAUUAUAG